AUGAGUGUAUUGUUGAAGCAAGUAAAGGAGCCUGGUGCAAGGGAAUCUUACUUGAAGGAUUUAGAGAAGGCGAAGAUGUACCGCUUACAUAAGCAGAACCCUGAAGUAUACACAGUUAAGAGGCUGAAGAAGCAGAGUCGCCCAUCAGCGAUCGAGGGUUGGUGUGCCCUAUGGUGUGUCUUAAAUCAGAACAUUACACCUGACCAGUUCGCCAAGGAGACAGAAAUCUCUUUCUUUUUGUUAAAAAAAAAAAAAAACCUUGAAAUUCGGUGAGGAAGGAAGGAAGAGGGCUCUGUGGCGCCAUUAGAGCUAUUCUUGAAAAUUGGUCUCGAUGAGAGAACAGCCAAAAACGCAAUCGCCAAUAACAAGUUGACCCAUAGUCUGACAACUGUUAUUCACAAGGCUGGUAUUACUGAGGGAUGCAGUAGAACUGUCGGAAACCUCAUCUACACUGUUGCGACAAUGUACCCAGCAAAUGCGUUGGUACAUCGGCCUACUUUGCUGGGACAUAUUGUCUCCUCAAAGAUCAAAACCCCAGCCCAGCUAGAAGCUGCAUUUUCAUUUUUAUCUCGUACUGCUUCUGAGAGUUUCAAGUUGAAUGAAUUUGAAGAAGCAUGCGGUGUUGUGGGUGAUCUAUUUGGGCAUGUUCGGACGAGGCUUCCAUGGGCUGAUCCAAAGAUUGUCAAGCAACUCUUGGAUGCAAAAUUAUUUGAAUUACUUGGCGAAAGGACUGCAGCUGAUAAUGAAAAGCCUGCAAAGCAGAAAAAGGAAAAGCCCGCUAAAAUUGAGGAGAAAAAAGUUGCUGAUGUUUCUCCAGUGGAGCCAUCUGAGGAAGAUCUCAAUCCAUUCGUUAUAUUUCCCAACCCUGAAGAAAAUUUCAAGGUGCAUACUGAAAUAUUCUUCAGUGAUAGCUCUGUUUUGAGAUGCUGCAACACAAACGAAAUGCUUGAGAAGCACCUGAAACUAACUGGGGGAAAAGUUUUUACUCUCUUUCCUCCGGAGCCAAAUGGAUAUCUUCAUAUCGGACAUGCAAAGGCAAUGUUUUUUAGCUUUGGUCUGGCAAAGGAGCGAGGUGGAUGCACCUACCUAAGGUUUGAUGAUACAAACCCUGAGGCUGAAAAGAAGGAAUAUAUUGAUCACAUUGAAGAGAUUGUCCAGUGGAUGGGUUGGAAACCUUUCAAGAUCACUUACACUAGCGAUUAUUUCCAAGAUCUAUAUGAUUUAGCUGUUGAGCUGAUACGAAGGGGUCAUGCUUAUGUUGAUCAUCAGACCCCUGAUGAGAUUAAAGAGUAUAGAGAAAAGAAGAUGAACAGUCCUUUGAGGGAUAGGCCGAUUGCAGAGUCUUUGAAACUUUUUGAUGAGAUGAGACGAGGCAUGAUUGAAGAAGGCAAGGCAACACUCAGAAUGAAGCUAUAGAAUCAAGGCAAGUGUUAUCAGAUGCAUAAUUAAUUGUGUUACCUUGUCUAGUUUUGCAUAUUAAUGUUUUCACUUUCUUUUGUUCAGUUUACUCCUCGUCCACAUUCAGGAGACAAGUGGUGCAUCUAUCCAAGUUAUGACUAUGCUCAUUGCAUUGUGGAUUCUCUUGAGAAUAUCACUCAUUCGCUGUGUAACCUGGAAUUUGAAACAAGACGUAAUUCAUAUUACUGGUUGUUGCAUGCAUUGGACAUCCGUCAGCUUUAUGUGUGGGAAUACUCACGGUUGAAUGAUACAAACACAGUGAUGUCAAAGCGUAAAUUAAAUUUCUUAGUGACAGAUUAUGUUGAUGGGUGGGAUGAUCCCCAUCUUUUGACGCCAGGUGACGGUAGUUUGAUACGCUUGGAUCGCCUCGUGUAUCACAUGAGAGAAGAAUUGAACAAAACAGCACCUCGCACUAUGGUUGUCCUACAUCCUCUAAAGGUUUGAAUCUUAUAUGUAUGCGGUUUAGCUACAGAACUUUCAUUUAUAUACUCAGGUGUAUCAAUGUUUGAACCACUCUCAUCAGAAAUCAAAUGUACAUUUUUCUUUUA